AUGGGGCUUUGCUCCGCUUCCGGAGCGAGGCUACUCUUGGCAACACUGGCCCUAUCGACUGCAUAUGAGCGAUGUGGCGACAUCAGCAACAACUGCUACAAGUGGUCCUUGGAGGGCCGCUGUGAGGAUCCCUCGGACUGGGCGCAACACGGCUGUCCUUUGAGCUGCGGCAAGUGCAAGGCCCACCUCUGCAGCGCCCGCGGCGCCCACGAGGACUACUGCACUGUCGAAGUAGAUGUGCCGGAUCCAGAGAGCGGCGGGAUGCAUUGCACCAUCUGGCACAAGCUGCCGGGGCGAGGGCCCCUGGCGGUGUACUGGGUGAGCGCCGAUGGGAAGCAGCUGCCUGUGGGUGAGAUCUUCUUCGACAAAGGCCUGGGUCUUAGCACCUUCCAGGACCACGUCUUCCAGCUGAGGGACGCAGGCACUCAGGAAGUCAUCGCCGCCGUGCGGAUGUUCCCCGGGCGCAUCGUCCUCACCAUCGACGAGGCCUUCCUGGCGGCGAUCGCGAGCUGUGACAACAUCCCCCAUGACACCUGGACGGGUUCCUGCGAUGGUGAGGCUGCAAGUGGGGGUUGCGUCACAAACCCUGGCUUCAUGACAGUCUUUUGUUCCAGAAGCUGCCACGCCUGCCACUUGCGGCAGACGGAGCAGCGGUGUACUCGUCGCUUCCUGGACAUGGACCAGCACCCGGCCUUGCGGCCCGGGGACAUGAAUCAGAUGUUCAGAGAUAUUGUGAGCCGUGCAAAGAAAUACAGCUACAAUAUCACCGUCUUGAGCAAGUCCCCCUGGAUUGUGACCUUUGACAACUUCGUUUCGGAGGCGGAGAUCGCGGAUAUGCUCUCCAACGUCAAGGAGUUUCAGAGGUCCUCCGAUCAAGGAGAGUAUGAUGAGUUCGGACUCAUGAAGGGCAUCAUAUCUUCAAAGAGAACCUCGAAGACAGCCUGGUGUUUAGACACUUGCAAAGCGUCUCCAAGCUACCUCGCUGUGAGGGAGAGAAUCUCGGAUGUGAUCCAAGUGCCCUCUGCCAACUUUGAGGAGAUGCAGUUCUUGAGGAACUAUGCCAUCGGUGAGAAGUAUGUGGAGCACCACGACAUGAACAACAUCAGUGACAACGACCAUGCCUGUGGCCCGCGCAUAUACACCUUCUUCCUGUAUUUGUCAGAUGUGGAGGAGGGCGGUGAAACGAAUUUCCCGCGCCUGAACAUCAGCGUGAAGCCCCGCAAGGGCUCGGCGCUUCUGUGGCCUUCGGUGCUCUCGCACAAUCCCGCGGUGCAAGAUGCGCGUACCUUUCAUGAGUCCCGCCCAGUGGUUCGCGGCCUGAAAAUAGCUGCAAAUGUGUGGGCGCAUCUCUUCAACUUCGAGGUGGCGAACUUCUGGGGCUGCAGUGGCGGCCUGCGAUGA